AUGCUAAAUACGUCAUCAAAUCCAUGGCCAUUUGGAAAAUGGGGAAUUGAUAUUGUAGGCCCAUUUAUACCAGGUAUAGGACAAAGAAGAUAUUUAAUCGUCGCAACAGACUAUUUCACAAAGUGGGCAGAAGUAAAAGCAGUUCAGCAUAUUCGUGAUAAAGACAUAUUCACGUUUAUUUUUGAGAAUAUCAUAUGUAGAUUUGGCAUCCCUUCACAUUUAGUAUCUGAUAAUGGAAAGCAAUUUGAGGGCGAGAAUAUAGAGAUGCUACUCAAUGCAUUCAAAAUUCAAAGUGGAAAGUCUACCCCUCUAUAUCCACAGAGUAAUGGACAGAACAACAAGGAGAGAAGCAACAGGAAUGUCACCUUUCUGUUUGACAUAUGGGGUAAAAGCAGUGUUACCAACAGAGGUCAUUAUCCCUACAACAAAGAAAGAAGUUUGGGAGAAGAAUCUAAGUGUGGAUUUAAUUUAACAAAACUUGAUGAUCUGGAAUAA